AUGGAACCGGAUGUGGGGGAUGAACUGCACGAAAGCUCGCCGUGCAUCAUCGUCAAGCAGGCGCUGGCGUUCAUGCUGACGACGACAUUCGCCCACCCGGGCGACAUGACCGUCGACCACGCCGAGGAGUUGAUCAACAUCAGCCUCAUCUACCAGCCGAUCCGCCGAAAUGCCCUCGUCACCGCCAUCGAGCGCCACCUCUUUGGCCAGUUGGACAAGGCAAAAGACAACCUGCCGCUCCUCCUCCAGUACUUCCUGCUCGGCUACAAGUGGCGCCUCGAGCGAUUGCCCACGGCGUGCAGUACCCUGAUCUUCAUGCAUCACCAGGGCGACUACGUGGCAAACUAUGCACACGCUACCGCCACCACGCCCAUCAGCCGCACCCACCAGGAACUGCUCGACCAGCUGCACGCGCCGCGUAACCCGUUCCGCAUGGCACCGCAUAGCAAACUCGUCGAGCUGUUCCCGUACGCGCAACCGUGCGCGACGGCGUGCUCGGUAUCGUCGAGCAGCACCACUUCCUCCGCCACGGGCAACAAGCCGACGAGCCGCAAGAAGCGCCCGCGCAGCCUCAAGGUGAGCCGCAGUGCCGCCGACCGCAUGAGCAAGGCUUUGCGCGAGUCGGACGGGCCCAAGUCGCCGAAACCCGAGGGGGCCAGCUCGGCCAACGUGUCCACCUGCUCGCUGCCGCCGCCUGAUGCCCCGGCGACGCCAGCUGGUUCGGGCAGCGGUCUCGAGAAUCUGCCGCCGCCGACGAUGGACGGGUUCAAGCCGCCCACCGAUGCUCCGCCCCCAUCGGCCAAUCCGUCGUCGGGCAACUCGUCGCCGGCCCUG